UUCAAAAGAUGCUUAGGUUUAGCUAAUGGGAUUAGUAUUGCUGGUGUUAGUAUCGGGCAAAUGGUAUUCCCUUCACUGAUUACUCAUUUAAAUACAACGUAUAGUGUUAGAGGGGGUGGAGUGAUUAUGGCUGCAAUCUGUUUACAUCUAUUGAUUACAGCUGUAAUAAUGCCCCGUUAUAUCAUUGAUCCAGAUGCACCGAAUGUAUUCACAGAAAAAAAUGAUGUGGGCAUAUCGAAAAAGAAAUAAUCUAAAUCGAGAGAAGGCAAACAAUUGAUGUAAUAUACAUCCAGCCCACGGAACUAAACACCAUGACAAUUGCAAAACUGUGUAUAUUCC